AUGAAUGAAGGAAGAUAUAGAUGUGGUUUUCAUACUUUUAUUAAAAUAAAAUAAAUGUAAGUAUAAAUAUAAAUAUAAAGUAUAACUGAAAUUAUAUACAUUGUGUUGUCAAUAGUCAUACGAUACAGUUAUAUUCACAUUAUUAUUUGAAAUGAUUAAAGAAAAAGUUUUAUUGGAAAAUUUAAUAACCUCAAAAAAAAAUAUAAAACGAAAAAUAAUGGAAAUGAAACGUGGUAUCAUAGAUUCCGACAACUAUUUUCGUGAAGCAUUUAAACCAAUAAUAGAACCAUUGAGCAACCAAACAGAAAAGAAUACACAACCGGCUGAUGAAAUAAAACCGGAAACUUCAGACGUUAGUGAUGAUGAUAAUGAUAACGAAUUAAAUUCAUCAUUUUCAAAUUUUUUCAAUAAACGUCCUACAUCAAAACGAUAUGAUAAAUCAUAUGGUAUGUAUUAUGAUAAAGCCAGUGAUUCAUAUAAAAUAGGAGGCUACUCUGUAACUUUUAGUCAUGGUAACUUACAGUUAUUUAAUAAAUACUAUCCAUGGACUGAAGGACUAUGGUCUUUACUAUGUGAGAAAGAACCAAAAGAUACAACUCUACAAGAUAUGGAAUCUUAUUACGACAUUUUAAAAACUUCACGAGCUCAUUUAAAAGCAGAUGGGAAACCUAAAACCUCAAAGUUUCAUAAAUGGACGAAUGUUGUAAAACCUCUAUACGAUAGAAUGAAAAAUGAGGAAAAGCAAUUAAACGAAGAAAUAGAUAAAAUUAAUAACUCAAGAACUCCUCGAUUAAGUUUAGCACAAAUUACCGAUCAUUUAUCUAGAUCUAACACUAAACGUAGUAAUAUUCAUAAUAAUACAACUAUACCAAAUGAUCCAUUUGAAUUUCGUCCAACAGCAAACAGUUCUAUGACUACAGAUCCAAAGAAUGAAAAAAUGUUUAAUUGUACUGCAACCCCAAAGGUUAAGAGAGGAUCUGGUUUAUAUAAAGAUGUAAUACCUCAAACACAAUUAGUUUAUUAUGACGAUCCGAAUGAACUAAAGAAUUACGCGAGAGAAAUAUUAUAGUAUAAUGACAAUCUUAACCAGUUUAGCUGAGGAGUUACAUGGACCAGCGAGAAAAAUAUUUCCUAGAC